AUGAAAUGGGGCAUAUAUAAUUUUAUAUUCAUUUUUACUUACUUUGUGCUAUCAGUUACGGCAGACCAAAAGGCAUUUAACAUUUACGACUCAAAUUCAAAUGAUUUAAUGGAUGAUAAUAACUUAAACACGAAAUAUUCAAGAUUAUCCAAUAAUUCCUUGUUAUGGGGACCAUACAGAUCAUCGUUAUACUUUGGAAUAAGACCAAGACUACCACGCUCACUACUAAACGGAUUAAUGUGGUUUUCCAUGGAUAAUCAUAACCAAAUAGGUUCCAUUAGACAUUUUUAUGAACAAAAUGAUAAAAUGUCCAAGGCAAAUUGGAUAAAUUAUGAUCCUAGAGUUGGUGGUCAACAGUAUAUAAAAGAUGAAGAAUUCCAUUUUGAUAUAAUUAUAGAUUUUGUUAAAAGUGAUGAUGGUUUGAGUUGGGGUGUUAAAGUUAGAGCUAUUCCACAUUCUGGGUUUGAAGAUUCUAAACUUUCAUUUAUUUGGUAUUCUGGAUUGGAAGGUGAACGAAAAAUUGAAGAUUCUAUUACUGAAACCGAAAGAACCGGAUAUUUCAAUUUGGAAAAUAAUGAAAGUCUAGAUGGGUAUAAUGAAGAUAUAAGAUUCAGUGGUAUUUCAGAAGAACUAGGAGCUUUUACUAUUGUUAUAAAUGAUGGACCAUCAACAAAUAAACAUCCAAAGGGAUUAAAAGAACUCAAGAAUGAAAUGAAUCCAGCUUUGACUCAUCAUUAUAGUCUUACAGUCCCAGAUGAUAAUGUAUGGCAAGCAAGAGAUAUUUUCAUGACAAUGUUACAAGAAUCAAUCAAGAAUUUAAAUGAUAAACAUAAAGGGCUAGGUUAUAUUCCACCAGAAAAUGCAUUCAUAAUCAAGAAUUUACAAGGUUUCGAAGGAAAUUUACAUUUUGUUCAAAAAAUUUAUCAAGGUGAAUGUGAAUUUGAUAUUAUCUAUACAAAUUCAGUAACCCCAGAAUCAGAAACCAUUACAUUCAAAAAUCUCCAGCAAAAGAUUGAUCAAAAAUUAAAAGUCAAUGAUGUGAAAUUUAAAGAACAUUUUAAAUUACAACCCCCUUUUGAUACGCCAAAAUACCAAAAAUUUGCUCAGGAAAUCAUAUCUGGAUUAUUAGGUGGUAUAACAUACAUGUAUGGAGAUCAUUUAGUAGAUAGAUUCACAGAAUUUGAUGAAGAUACAUUUGAUUCAUAUACAUUACAGGGCCAAUACGAAGGACCAUUUGAAUUAUUUACUUUAGUUCCAUCAAGACCUUUCUUUCCUCGAGGUUUCUACUGGGAUGAAGGAUUUCAUUUGCUCCCAUUAAUAGAUUAUGAUUCUGAUUUAGUGUUGGAUAUUAUCAAGUCUUGGUUUAAUCUUAUUGAUGAAAAUGGAUGGAUUGCAAGAGAACAGAUAUUGGGACCAGAGGCAAGAUCAAGAGUACCUAAGGAAUUUAGAGUACAAAGUCCUCAUAUCGUCAAUCCACCAACAUUAACAUUAGUAUUAAGUAACUUACUUGAGUCAAUUAAACAAUUCAAAGAUGUUAAUGAACCAAAUGAAGUUGGAGAUGAAUCAUCAGAGAUAAAAUUAGGCAAGUUCACUUUGAGUAAUCCGCAAGUAUUGCUCAACUACACUAAACAAGUCUACCCAAAUUUAAAAAAUCAUUUUGAAAUGUUUAGACGUACCCAAAAGGGGUAUAUUGAAGAAUUUGAAAGACCAAUCGCAAACGAAGAAGUAUUUAGAUGGAGAGGCAGGACAUACACUCAUUGUUUAGCAAGUGGGUUAGAUGAUUAUCCUAGAGCAUCACCUCCAGAUGUUGGAGAAUUGAAUAUUGAUUUAAUUUCAUGGAUUGGAGUAAUGGCUAGAUCUUUAAGGUUAAUGGCUGAAGUAUUAGAUAUUGAGAAAGAUAUAACACAGUUGAAAGAAAUUGAACAAAACAUAAUUUCAAAUAUAGAUAAAAUCCAUUGGUCUACCGAACACAAAGCGUACUGUGAUGUAUCGGUAGAUGAAGAUGAUGAAAAUAUUUAUGUUUGUCAUAAAGGUUAUGUUUCAUUAUUGCCAUUUUUGACACAUUUGAUUCCAAAUGAUAACCACGACAAAUUAAAUGAUGUUAUUGAUUUGAUUACAAGUCCAGAAGAACUUUGGUCUGAUUUCGGGAUUCGAUCACUUUCAAAAUCAGAUGAGUUUUAUAAAACUGGAGAAAAUUAUUGGAGAUCACCAAUUUGGAUUAACAUGAAUUACUUAGUUUUGAAAUCCAUAUAUGAUUAUUUCAAUAAAAAUCAAUAUAACUUUUCUCCAGAGUUAAAAUCAAAAUUUGAGAAUGCUUAUCAUGAUUUAAGAAUAAACCUUGUCAACAAUGUAUUCAAUCAAUGGGAAAAAACUGGUUUUGUGUGGGAACAAUACGACGAUGAAACAGGUCAAUCAAAAGGUGCAAAAAAUUUCCUAGGUUGGUCAUCAACGAUAGUUUUGAUAAUGACAAUGCCAGAAAACUUAUAG